UUUGAUGUCUGCGGAGCGUACCCUGAAAUGUAAUGUGAUGUCCUACGCAGUGCGAACACUGUAUAAUAUGAAAGUUUGGAGUAUAUGGCAGGCAGAUCCAAUAACUCUUGAUAGCUAAUAUUGCUAGUAAACAUGGAUCAACAAUCUACCUGCUAUUCAACGAGCAUAUGCGAUAUCAAACAUCGUCAAUAAAUUCUGCGUGUGUUUUGUUUGUAACUUUUUAACUUGGUUUUUACUUUUAACUGCGAAUAGGAAUAUAGAAACGCUGUGAGCUUGAAAACAGAAUGCUCCAAUUAUGCUGCCUCCUGAUUUCAAUGUGUUUAAUUGCUGAGACUGUUGCUGAAAAAAAGUAUUGUUGGUACUUUGAAGAAGGUUAUCCUGUGUACUUUGUAUGCAAAACUUACGAAGACUGCUGUGACACACAGUGCUGUGUACGAGCACUUUCCAUCCAGAGAAUAUGGUAUUUCGGGUUGCUGCUUGUGAUUGCAAUUGCCAUCUGUUGCGGUGCUGGCUACUUUCUUCGCAGACGUGUACACACGAUCUCUGACAGGCCUGAUUUCAAUGUGACCUUUACCAGACACCCCAUCAUAUCACCAGGACUGGGACAGUCUGGCUUUUAUGGGGAGUCUGAGACUGCUGUCAUUUCCACGGCCUAUCCAGUGCGUACUCACCCUGGUCACAUGACUGCGGUGUACUCGGCCCUGCCGCCCUACUACUGCCAACCACCUCCUUCCUACGAUCAGGCUAUACGGGACUCGCAGAAAAAAUAAACAGAAGAAACACAUGAAUUGGAGACAUGGCAGGAUCAAACAAAACUUGCCACGGAGAACAUUGUUUUUUUGACUAGAAGAGAAACAUCUGCAGACUGCAUUCAAACUCUUUUAUUUACCUUUCAGGUUACAGGAGUUUUGUAAAGUGCAAUGUUAAGCUUUCUAUGUCAGGACUGAAAUAUGCAGUACAUACAUUCAGAGGCUAUACAGUAUACAGUAAAGGGCAGUAAAAGGUAGCUCCAAGUAGAUUUAUAUAACAAUAGUAACAUGAGCUUCAUGUUGAUAGCAACUAAAUGCUUGCUAUCAUUUAAGCAUACUUAAUCAGUAAAUGUGUAAAAUAAAGUGUGCUUUAAAAUUUCACAUCAAACUAAAUCCACUGCUCAACAUCCAAAAGCAUGCUCAUCAUUCAUCAACUAUAAUAAAUGUUGUCUGUCUUUUUUGCAGACGUUUGUUAA